AUGAACGGCAUCAACGGCGGCAACAUGCCCGCCGCAAUGGUUGGCCUUCCGACGCCUGCUGGUCACCAAGCCGAGCUGAACUAUAUAUACGGUAUGGUCGAGGAGCUGAGCCGCCAGCUUGCCCAAAACCAGCGAGCCUUAGAAGAUGUCGUGGUCGGCGUCGGUCGCGUGCGCGGUCGCGCGAGGGCACAGUCGCUCGGAAACGAGGAGCUGAUUAAUGCCUCAGCCGACGAGAUUAAAUCCCAGGAGCCCAACCUAGACCUCCUCGUUUCCGCCCUUACCGAAGCGCUCGAGAAGGUCAGGUUCAGCCGCGAUGCCAACGCGGCCCUGCUCUCGCAGUAUGCGACAGUAGUAUCAACGAUGCUUAAGCAGUUCCACGACUACAAGGCGCGGUACGUGGCCGACGUGGCAGCUUGGCACCGCAGUUAUCGCGCGCAGCUGGCCGAGGCGCGCGCAGAGAACAGCCGGCUACGCGAGCAGAUAUGGGAAAUGCAGGCCCACGCCGGCGCCGCCAACGAGACAGUGCGCUGCUUUCGUGCCAAGUACGAUGAGGAUGUCAGCCGCUGGGAACGCCGUGUCGAUGCCCGCGCGGCUCGGCAGGAGCUGCGGUUCUGGAAACGCAUGGCUAUGCCCCAUCUGCCCGGCGACGAUCCAUACUGGAGUGACGACGACGACCUCAUCGACCCAGCUGAGAAGGUCCGGCUCGAGGAUAUUAAGAGGACCAUGGCUGAGCAACAGCUGGCUGCCGCCGCCGCC